AUGUCUCCUUCUUCUAAUAUUACUGAAACUCCCACUCCCACCCACAACUCUUCAUCCACAACAACAGGCAAUGGAAAUACCAUUGAUUCCACACACCCCUUCUUUCUUCAUGCAUCUGAUGCACCAUGGAUGAUACUUGUCAACACACCUUUUGAUGGUCGAGGUUAUGCUGGAUGGAGCAGAUCUAUUUUGAUUUCACUUUCAGCCAAGAACAAGUUGUGUUUUAUUGAUGGAUCUUGCCCUAUGCCAACCCUAAUUGAUCCUACUUUUCAAACUUGGAGCAGAUGUAACCAUACGAUUACAUCAUGGUUGUUAAAUUCUCUGACCAAAGUGAUUGCUGACAGUAUCCUCUAUUCAAAAACAGCUAAGGAUCUAUGGUUGGAUCUGGAGCACAGACUUAUAGGUUUCCCAGUUGAUUUCAAAUUUACUAAAAGCAAGAAGAUGCAACAUACUGCAAAAGGAAAUUCAGCUGCUGCAAUAGAGGAUACAUGA